AUGUCCAACCUACUCUCCCUCCAUAGCCAGCCUUCUUCGCCACUGCUGUCUCCGCCGGUAGGGUUUGUUUAUAAAACAUUUAAGAAAAUUCCUACGUCGAAAAUCUAAGGGUCGGGUUCUCUCUGGUAUCAGAACCGUUUCAGAUUGGUCCAAAAGAUCUCUUUAACCCAACCUGAUCCAACCGAUCGUUUUCCACAAUCGCUGAAUAUAUCUGAUUGAGUAGAGAACAGAAACAUUUGGGAUAGUUGAAAUUGAAAUGGAGCUUCAAGAUUUCCCACCCAUUUUUGGAGAACCCAAAUUGGAGUGGUUAAACAGCGGUUCGCUUCCUGUGCGCCGAUUUGUGUUCUAUGUUCACAAUCCCAAUCCUUCGCACCUCAGAUUUUGUGUUACCGAUUUCCAUUCCAACACUUGGGAAGCCAUCAGAUCGGUUCCGCAGCUUCAGGACAUGAGGGAUGACAUUGGAAUUGGAGGGGAUAUGUCCGAGUUUCUUAACUAUCUCAUUACUUCCCUGAAACUUGGAGAUGUAAAGCUUCGUCUUGAAGGACACUGGGGGAAGGAAGAUGCUUCUACAGUUGCAACACAUGCCAAAUUAAGUUCCCAGAAAUCAAAAGGAAUGCCUGUUUUUUCUAUUCCUCUCACAAAACUCGUGGACUCAGCUGCUUCUGAAGCUGUGGCAAGUCUGUCCUUUGGGCUCUUUAACUCAUUGAAAGACAUGGAAUGUUCACUUAUAAAAGAGCAAGAGCACUCCCUUCAGUUGACAAACAUGAUAUCAUCAGAAAAGGAAAAAUACGAAAGUAUUCAGAGCCAUCUCGGGCAAUAUACAAAGAAACAGAAGUUGCAAAAUAUGAAUGCCUCAAAUUCUCCAGAUAAGUCUGUUCAUAAUAUUGGCUCGACAAAAGUAGCCAAUCGUGUAGUGCCAGCGCAUCGCAGGGCAAAAACAAGAGGAGCCCUUUUGCAAGACUCUGAAGAUGACACUGAACAAGAGCGCUCCCUUCAGUCAACAAAAAUCUCGGAUGAAAAGGAAAAGAAACAGGAGUUGCAUACUACAAUUACCUCAGUCAAUAAAGAUGAGUUGCAAAAGUCUCCUGCAGACAAACCUGUUAAUGAUAUCAGCUCGACAAAGGUCACCAAUCGUGUCAUGCCAGUACACCGCAGGGCCAGAACAAGAGGUGCCCUUCUACAAGAUAAUGAAGAUGACGGUGGUCGGUAAAGCGAUGUAGAAUCAUUCAGUGAUAAACGAAAAUAUACGGAUAACAGUGGAUAUUUCUUUCACAAAAGGGAUUAUGCAAUGCAGAUGUUUGUUCCAAAGUUUCAUGAAAAAUGAAAUUGUUGUUUCUUAUGGUAAUAUAAAUAUCAUCCCACAUUCUGUUUCGUUUGAAUUUUACUUUCUAAUGAACCUUAUAAACGGCCUCUUUAAAUUAGGCCUUAGAGUGUAAUUAGGAAUUUCUAAUCGAUCUUUGAACUUUUAGGAUGA